AUGCCGGCCGCCGAAUUCCCCGUUGUGUCUUCAGAAUCCGGUCUUGUCAAGAUGGAAGACCGGAAAAGGCCUGCCGUGGACAAUGACUCGGCCCCGCCGCCCAAGAAACAGGCCACUGCUCUGAACGGCAGCAAGCCUCACCCGGAUGCUGAUAUGCCAUGGAAAGACGACUUGGAGCGCUACCAAAAAGAUGCGAUACUCCGCCAGAUGCAGGAAUAUAAGCGGGAGAAGACUUCGUUGGAAUCGCGCCUUAACCAAAUGUCGAAAGCUGCCACGCAUCACAAUGACCACCUCCGUAUUAUCGAUGCGUGGUUCAAUCAAUCUGAUUAUGUGCAUCGGUUGACACUUUGGACAGAACCUUCCUUUAAAAGCUCGCUGCAGUUCGAAGACGUUGAAGCGUUUGAAUCGCAUUUGAAAACCCGAUCAGAAACCAUCCGCGAAAUCAUCUCCAAGCUCCAACUCAAGUCUGAUAUGUCUCCCGAGGUCUCCGAUCUCCAGAGCCAGCUCGCCAAAAGACUAGCACAGGAAAAAUCUACCAUCACUGAGUUAGAGAAGACUCUGGCUGAAAAGCAACAGUUGGAGGAAAGCCUCGAGGCCGCCUCGCUGCGAUACAUGGUGGCCGAGAAGAAAGUCGACCGCGCGAGAAGUGUGACGGUAGCAAAAUUGGAGAAGCAGUAUAUGAUGGGUGUUUCACGGCCGAGCUCAGAGGGGACACAAGCAAAGCGCGAACAUUCUUCCCCUGCGAAUGGCGGAACACCCGUUGGGGAUCGCAACCCGGAGUUGGAAGAGGAAAACCGCAAGCUCACUGCGGUAUCGGAGAAACACAAGGAACAAGUCCAAAAGCUGGAAAGUGCAAAUGCCAGUUUGCUGGGUCAAAUUACGGAACUUAAGGUCAAGUCCUCAAGGCUUACUGACGAUGACUACGCGCAUACGGAUCUUUUCAAGCAACUUCGAUCACAGCAUGAUGAUGUGGUCAAGCGCAUCAACCACUUGGAAGCGACGAACGUACAGCUCCGCGAGGAGGUCCAGAAAUACCGCUCGGAAAGGACUGCAUACAAGGUUCAAAUUGAGGAAGAAACCCAAAGCACGAUCGCCGAAAAGGAAGCUCAAUUGAUGAGAGCGGAAACCGAUCUGGCACGGAUACGAAAUGCUCGCGAUGAACUCCUAGCCGACCACCAGAUGAGAAAAGCUGCCCAAGACCAAGAGAAGACGACUGGGGUCAAGUUGCAGGAGUUGGCGGCUGCUCGAGAAGCGCGGAUCACGGCUUUGGAAUCCGAAAUUGAACGACUGCGGUUACAAGCCGAGGGUUCGAAGGCGGCUGAUAAUGUGGAUGAAUUGCCACUUGAGGAGCUCCGGGCGAAAUAUACUAGCCUCGAACGUCAGUACUCGAUGCUCAACACCGAGUUGACAUCCAUGCAAACCGCGUACAAGAAGUUCUCGACUUUGGCAUCUCAGAAAGUAACAGACUUUGGCGCUUUGGAAGAAAAGGUCGCACGCCUGCUGGCCGAGAAGUCCAAGGCAGAUCAAAAGUUCUUUGCUGCGAUGAAGAGCAAAGAAUCACGAGACGCCGAAGUUCGAAAUCUUCGAGUGCAAAAUUCCAAGACGUCCGAAAUUGUGUCGCAGUUGAAGGAUUCCGAAGCAAACACGCGCUCGCUGUUGUCUAACAUGGAAAAGCAAUUGAACGAGAACAAGGAAGCUCUAAAUAUUGCCAUCAAAAAGCAGCACGACACCCAGCAACAACUUACCGAGGUCAACAUUAUGGCAGAUGGGCUGAAGAAUCAGGCUUUCGAGCUCAAAGCGCUAUCGGUAUCCAAGGACACCGCGUUAGGAAACACCGCCAGUGCUUUGCGUCAAGCUGAAACAGAAGUUGUGGGCCUGAAGCAGUCGCUUGCAGACUCCCAAAAGAACCUUGAAACCUGGAGGAGCAAGAGUCUGGGCAACUCCUCGUCGGAAUAUGAAAUGUUGCGGACACUUGCGCUGUGCACCGUGUGUCGCCGCAACUUCAAGAACACCGUCAUUAAAACCUGUGGGCAUGUUUUGUGCAAGGACUGCGUCGAAGAGCGUCUCACUUCCCGUUCGCGCAAAUGUCCCAACUGCAACCGAUCCUUCGGAAGUAACGACUACAUGCACAUCACCCUCUGA